AUGUCUACUUCUUCGUUUAAGAGCAAAGUUAGCAUCACACAUAUCGGAACUGCUACGGCAAUUCUCGAUAUCGAUGGCAUCACCUUCCUGACGGACCCGUUCUUCUCUCCCGCGGGCAGUGAAUGGCCGACUGUUGGCGACGGGGUACUCAAGGUACAUGACGACCCAGCCAUCAAGAUGGAGGAACUACCCCAUAUUGAUGCCGUUCUUCUGAGCCAUGAGAAUCAUCCCGACAACCUGGAUGAGCUCGGCCGUCAGCUUCUCGAUGGCCGACACGUCGUCACCACAAAAGAUGGUGCGAAGAACCUUGCCCCUCGACCUAGCGUGCUUGGCUUCAAAAACUGGGAGAAGAGAGAGGUCCGCAUCUCUGGAAAGACUUUUCACAUCACCGCCACGCCUUGCAAGCAUUGGCCCGGCCACGAAUGUGUCGGCUUUAUUUUGCAAACCGAAGACUUCGGUGUUGCGCCUGAUGGUCGCCCAAAUGUCGUCUUUUUCUCCGGCGACACCGUCUAUAUCGGAGAGCUUGCAAAAAUAGCUGAUCAGUACCAUGUCGCUGUUGCUCUUAUGAAUCUUGGCAAAGCCACAUUCGAAGGAUUUACCAGUGAGGGACAGCCUGGAGAACCGGAUGAUAGCAUUCAGAUCACUAUGGAUGGUCGCCAAGCAGCUCAUCUGUUCCGAGAUAUCAAGGCAGAUGUACUUGUACCUAUGCACUAUGAGUCUUGGGAUCAUUUUACCCAACAUGAGGACGAGCUGAAGAAAGAGUUUGAGGAGGAAGGUAUUCUGUCUAGUGUUCGCUGGCUUAAGACCGGCAAGCCUGUUCAAAUCAACUGA